AUGAACGAAUACGCCGAAUAUGAUUGGAGGCUACAACAAUUGCAGAACGAGCGUCUUUGUGACGUAUCCAGGAAACGGCUUACCGACGGAGAUAAACAAAGGGCCCUUGAUGGAUUAAAGGAAGCCGUGGAUUCAAGCCUCAACCUCGCCCUACGCGACAAAAGUCGAUGUCAAGACGAUAAUUUUUUACGGCGGUUUCUAUACGCGCGCAAACAUGACGUGCAACAGAGUUUUGAAUUGUUAGUCAGAUAUCAUCAGUAUCGCCGCGAGCAUCCCGAACUUUGGGCGUCGGCAGAUGGAGGCGUUUUGCGCGCUCUGGCUGAUGGCUUGCCAGGUGUUUUGGCGCAACGUGACCGCCGCGGCAGAUGUGUGCUCCUGAUGUUUGCGUCUAACUGGACCCCGCAUGCCUGCCCUCUACUAUCUGUGUAUCGAGCUCUUCUACUUACUUUAGAACGGACAAUAACAGACGUUCAAAAUCAAGCUAACGGUUAUGUUAUCAUUGUGGAUUGGACUGAGUUCACGUUUAAGCAAUCAUGCAGUUUACAAGCAAAAGUUUUAAAGUUAAUGAUCGACGGCCUCCAAGACUGUAUGCCAGUUCGAUUUAAGAGCAUACAUUUUAUUGGACAACCUUGGUAUGUGGAAACUGCACUAGCUGUAAUUAAACCGUACUUGAGAGCGAAGACAAGGGAACGAAUCGUGCUUCAUGGUAACAAUUUAUCAACGCUACAUGAUGCUUUACCGCUAGAUAUUCUGCCGGCCGAACUAGGGGGCGAAGGGCCUUCUUAUAAUUCCGAGCGUUGGCUUAAAGAAUUCUGUCAGUGUGAGAAUAUAGAUCCAUCUCCUGUACCAUCAAUAACAAAAACUGCACCACAGGAUAAUGAAUUGCCUACAGCAAAACUUGACAAAGCAUACAUACACAAAGAUAAUCAAAACUUUUCAUUUCACGGCAACGAGAAGAGUGCAAAGUCUGAGUUAUUGCGUGAUAAAGACUGA